AUGAUAUGGCUGAUGGAGAAGUCGAAAUCGUCGAAGUCGUCGGGCAGUCGAAAAGCGGGUGAUGCCAGUGAUCCAUCACACAAAGCAUUCAAGCCAAUUCCCGUCAAGCUGAUCGACACUAAGAAAUCGCCGAAAAAGUGCUGCAAGACGGCCCGCGAGCAGCGCACCCACUGCAGCUUCCAUCUGAAUGUCGAGAACUAUUUC